AUGACCACACGUUAUAAUAAAGUCUUUGUCAUUGUCAUGUUCCACUUUUCAUAUCUAUGCCUCUUCAUAUCUAUCUAUCUAUCUAUCUAUCUAUCUAUCUAUCUAUCUAUCUAUCUAUCCCUGCUCGCAUCAAUCUAUCUAUGCUUGCUCAUAUCUAUCUAUGAAUUUAUCUAUCUAUAUAAGCCUGAAAGCUGGAUCUAUCUAUCUAUCUAUCUAUCUAUCUAUCUAUCUAUCUAUCUAUCUCCAGCUUUCCCUGACGAUCCGCUUAGCCGUUAUGAUCUAUCUAUUUAUCCCUGUUUCUAUCUGUCUAAUCCUGUUCAUAUCUAUCUAUCUAUCUAUCUAUCUAUCUAUCUAUCUAUCUAUCUAUCUAUCCAAUCCUGUUCAUAUCUAUCUAUCUAUCUAAUCCUCAUCUCAUGUUCCUUUCAGUAUUAUGCCAUUGUUUUUUACUCCCACUUACAUUGGCAGCCAUUUUCUCUUUCUCUCUCACAAACUAACUUGUACAACCCCUCUCUAAUUGCGUGCUUCUUUUGGAAUUUCUAUCUCUCACUCUCAUACACUUGUACCCUUCGUUCCAAUAUAAAUUGGUACCUUUCUCUUCCAUAUAACCCCUCUCAGUUUCCAUCUACCCGCUUCUUUCUCUUCCAUUUCCUGCCUCUCUCUUUCACCAACCCCCUCUCUCAGCCCCUCUUUCUCUUCCAUCCAACCCUCUCUCCGCUUCCAUCCUCCCUUCUCUCUUUCAUUAAACCCUUUCCAUUUCCAUCUUCUCUCAGCCCCACUUUCUCUUCCAUCGAACUCCUCUUACCUUCCAUCUAUUCGGCUUCUCUCUUUUCCAUUUUUCGCCUCUCUCACUCCCUCUUUCUCUUCAAUCCAACUCCCUCUCUCAGCCCCUCUUUCUCUUUCAUCAAACCCCCUCUCUGCUUCCAUCCUUCCCUUCUGACUUUCAUCGAAGUCUCUCCUCUUCAUUGCCCGCCUCACUCAGUUCCUUUCUCUUCCAUCGAACCCCCUCUCCGCGUCCAUCUGGUCCGCCUCUCUCUCUUCCAAUAUCCACCUCACUCAAUCUUUCUCUUCUAUCCAACCCCUCUCUCACUCUCUCUUCCUUCACCCCCUCCUCUUCAUGGCUCAUCUCUCUCAGUUCCUUUUUCUCUUCCAUCGACCCCCUCUCUCUGUUCGUUUCUCUACCACUGA